AUGCUCAUCCCAACACGCUCGCGACUUGCCUCGUCCCUACGCGCAUUGAAUCGGAAAUGGCGGAGUCAUGCAGAAGCAACAGGCCCUGGGCGUCAAAAAGAUCGCAUGCUGGGUCGCUUGAGUGAGACCAUUCGCCAUACCUGGUAUCUAGGAUUUACAUCUUUUGGGGGACCACCGGUUCAUUUCCAGAUCUUCCAUACGCGGUUUGUCGAGCAGGAGAAGUGGGUUGAUGAGCAGACGUACCAAGAGCUGUUUGCCAUAUGCCAGGGUCUUCCGGGGCCGGCCUCUACAAAGAUGUUAUUCUGUCUAGCGCUGCUCCACGCGGGGUUUAUCCCGGCCUUGCUUGUAUUUCUCCUCUGGUGCAUCCCCGGUGCAAUCGGAAUGUAUGCCCUCUCCCUCGGCGUGCAACGAAUUGACGAAACACUCCCCCCACCAGUCUACGCCCUUCUCUCUGGACUGAAUGCCUCAACUGUAGGCAUAAUUGCUCUUGCUGCUGUUCAAUUAGCUGAAAAGGCGAUCCGCGAUAAGAUCUCCCGGAUCUUGGUAAUCUUCGGCGCGUGCGCUGGCCUCUGCUAUAGCGCACUUUGGUACUUCCCUAUCCUCAUGGUUAUUGGCGGUCUUGCUACUGCGAUAUGGGAUGGGUGGUUGUAUCAGCAGAUUGGGAGGGCAGCAAGGGCCUGGAAGAAUAGAAACCGGCAACCUGAGCCAGAGGGCGAUGCACCCAGUCUGCGGAGCACGGAACCUACAUCUGCGAGGAACUCGGGACAGGGGACGGGGACAGAGAUGUUACGACUGAGGAAAUCUGGUACGGAGGCAUUGGCGCAAAGCCCAAGUAAUAUCCCAGCUUCAGCUUCAGGGGAGAGGGAAGAGCAACCGUCACAGGACCAUAUAAUCCGCACUCGUGUUGGGGCUGCAAUCCUUGUCUUCUUCUUCACAUCCUUCAUCGCCAUUCUCGUUUCAAGAUCCAAGCUCGCUUCACCACCGUUAGCGCUUGACCUCUUCGCGAACAUGUACCUAGCCGGUACAGUGAUCUUCGGCGGCGGCCCUGUUGUCAUCCCCAUGCUUCGGUCGUACGUUGUAGAUCCAGGCUGGGUGUCAAGUCGAGACUUCCUAAUUGGUCUCGCUAUAAUCCAAGCUUUCCCCGGCCCAAAUUUCAACUUUGCGGUUUUUCUUGGAGCACUCGCUCUCCGGACAACACCAUACCCAACUAUCCUCGGUGCAUUUCUCGGUGGACUUGGGAUCUUCUUCCCCGGAAUCACGCUUGCUGUCGCAAUCCAAUCCUUCUGGCGUGUCUUGCGGAGGCAGAAGUAUGUUAUUGAUUUCCUGCGCGGCGUGAAUGCAGCUGCUGUAGGAUUGGUAUUUACAGCGGUGUACCGGCUUUGGGAAAUUGGGUAUUUGGCUCCGUCGGAACAAGACGGGCAGAGUCUGGCUAAGGAGCCUUGGUGGGUUGUUGUUGCUGCUGUCACUUAUGCCGAGAGUGCGUGGUUUAGGGUCCCUCCUGCAGUGGCGAUUUUGGUAGGUGCCGUGCUUGGAUUGUGCUGGUAUGGUGUUGUUAAACCUGCUUGGUGA